AUGACAUCGCCCGAAGAUGCAGCCCCGGUCAAGCCUCCGCCAUCUUUCUCAGGAGCCCCCAUCGUCGUGCCCAAGUCGACAUACUCCGCCGACACUGUCCAGUCGCCGCGCUCCUUCACUGCAGACCUGCGAGAUGCCCCGUCCAUAGCCUCGUCCACUCCGCAGCUGCCGUAUCGAAAUGAGUCGCCAUCUCGAUCUGCUUCCCCCAGCAGCAGGCUGUCGGGUUCCGUCUCCCUCCCGAAUAGAGCGUCAAUCGGGUCGCCGCUGGGGAGCCUGCCGGAUGUGUCGGACAGCAUCCGGUCAUUGAUCAUACGCUCCUUUUCCCCGUCGAUCGCCAUCUUCGCUUCUGAUGAUACGGAGGAAUUGGUGAGGCAGAAGGGGUUCAAAGGCGGCUUCCGAGAGCUGGUACGGCCAUUCGGGGAGAACAUCACGGGCAAGGUUGUCGUGCGAGAUAGUGUUGGGUCAAGCCGUGGAUGGGAUGACUUUAGCAUCCGCUUCGUGGAAUUGUCUCCUCAGAGAAAGACACAGAAUGAUCCCACGACCCCGCCGGUAUCUCCGCUCGUCCAGCUUGAAGAGCUCCUCCAACAAAGACUGGGCUCUGCCGACGAUGCAACAAACAGAUGGUCGCAGCUCACCCAGUCUCCGAUGGGCAAUACAUCGGUGUCUUCACCUUUCUAUCAACUACUCCUCCGUCGACUGCUAUCCGUCGAUGCACCUACCCCUCACGAAACUUUCUCUCACCCAGUCGCCUGCGUUAUUACCAUCAGUUCGCGCAACAAGACCCCCUUAGAAUCGCUUCGGCAGCUGUAUACGCAAACGAGCCAAGGCAGUACAGCACCACCCCCCUAUGUGCACUCGGAAUUCCUUCGGUAUUAUGUGCUCGUUCAUGACGAGGACCGCGACGAUAUCGCGGAAUCCACGAGGCUCUACGAUCAAAUGAAACGCCACUUUGGACUACACUGUCAUCUUCUAAGACUACGAAGCGACCAGUGUGUCGUCACUGAUGAUGACAGCACCGAGGUUCCCCCGUGUGAGUGGUUGUCUCCGGAAGAGGAACUCUCGAAAAUGAACGAAACUAGUGCGUUGAUAGACCUCGGCACUGAAGUUGCUUACCUCUUUGAAAGCGACGUUACCGCUAUAAAAACACUUAUACGCGAGCUAGUUGUGCAGUCCGUUGUUCCGUUUAUGGAAAACAAAGUCGCAUUAUGGAACGAUCAAGUAGCCUCUAAGCGAAGGGGCCUCAGUGGACGGUUCAUGUCCAUGUCACGAAGAUGGACUGGGUUUGGGUCUAGCUCGAAAUCGGGCUCGUCGGGCUCGUCGGGUGGUAUGUCUGGUAACUACGAUGCUUCACAAGGCUUUUAUAAGCCCGACGUCCCGGAAGCACUAUUACGGAAGCUAGGAGACUUUGCGUUCAUGUUACGGGAUUACAAACUGGCUGCGUCCACCUAUGACCUCGUUCGAUCAGAUUAUUCUAACGACAAGGCAUGGAAGUAUCAUGCAGGGGCUCACGAAAUGUGUGCCAUCAGCUCACUAUUGAACCCCUUGUCGUCUGCUGUUAAGAGCAGGGUCGAAGGUAUCGAUCAGAUGAUUGACACCGCUUGUUAUUCAUACCUCACAAGAUGCUCGGACGCUGUCAACACGUUGCGAUGUCUUGCGCUAUCAGUUGAACUCCUGAAGUCAAGAGGUGGUUCAGCCACCGAAGGAGCUGCCAGAUGGGCAAUGCGUUCCAUGGAACUGGGACUUGCCGGUCCAAUCGGCCAGGCUCUUUUUACAGAGCGCGUGUCAGCUUGCUAUGCAUCAAAAACCAGCACAGGAGGUGCCAAGUGGGGAGCUCGUCGCAGGAAAGCAGCGAUGUGGAGCAUACUCGCAGGCGAAUCCUGGCUGAGGCUAGGUAAACCUGCCCUUGCCUCAGCCUGUCUGGAAGACGCGGAUCGACUAUACGCUGAAGUUCUGGACAAGGAUGGUGUCUUUCCGAUGUCGGAUAUGCAAGAAUUCAUAGACAAUCUCAAGCACGCUGUCAAGGUCGAAUUCCUCGAGUCGAAGGGAGUCGACACCAGCGACGAGACGAUAGUGGCUGGGCAGCUGGGGACGGAGGAAACCAGCGAGAAGCUAGACACGAGAGCCAAUCGUCGAUCGAUUAUUAUGGCUUCUUCUCCGCUUGACAAUGGCCCUCUCAGCCCGACUAAGCACCAAGGGGAGAGCGCCAAGACACUUGACGACGAUUUUGAAUAG